UCAAAGUUUCUGGUAGCAACAGAUAAGGGGAUUUGUUGUAUCGGUCGUUUCGUCAUCAAAACACAGUAUGUAGGUAUUUCCCUAAUCUUUUACAUCUUUGAAGUAGAAGCGUGUGUGUUUCUUUGUGUACCACUGAGGUCAAUUUGGAACGUAAGCAUCGAUAACAGUCAAAGAUUAGGCUUUCAUAGUAAAACACACUCAGUCAACUUGUAGGUACCUACGAUAUGUACGCGCGUCCUUUCACAAAAGAAAUUGAGAAGAAAGCGAGAGACGAGCUGAACGAAACGCCCGGUCACCGGGAAGAGUUUCUUCGGAAUUUUCGAGAAUGGAUACAAACGGAGUACCGGGUGCAAUGUCGGCCGGAAGGUCUUUGGCUACUGAACUACGUAAGGGGGUGCAAAUUUUGCAAUCAAACUGUAAAGAAGAAAUUUACCAACUUCGUAAAGCUGGAAACGGCAGCGCCUGAAAUGUUCUCCAAUCGAGAUCCACUUCUACCGGAAAUACAGGAGAUAUUGCGAAAGGGCGCGAUUAUUCCGUUUGGCACCCCCGACAAGGAGUGCGUCAUAGUGAAAUGGGACGUUUUCGAGUUUGACAAGGUAGACUUUUAUGACGUGAUGAAGGUUGCGAUGAUGGUCAUGGACGUGUUCAUGAACGAGAACGAUACCUGCAUGGUAAUCGGACAUUAUGUGAUAGUCGAUUUUAAGGGUUUCUCGCUGAGCCUACUGAAGCAACUAACCCCGUUUACUUUGAAGAAAAUAUUUUACAAUAUCUUCCUUUCUUAUCCUUGUAGAAUUAAGGCCCUCUACUUUGUCAACUGUCCGGGAUAUGUACAGACGCUAUUCGGCUUAGCCAAGCCCUUUAUAAGUAAGAAGUUAGGAUCAAGGACAAGUUUCUAUGGAGAAAACUUCGAAGAGGUGUUUUCAGUUAUUCCCAGGAGAUACUUUCCAACUGAAUAUGGCGGAAACGACGAAUCUAUCGAUGAUAUUAUAGGUAAUUGGAAAAUAAUAAUUGAAGGUUAUAGAGAUUGGUUUUUGGAGGAUCUUGCCAACACCAACGACAGGUCGAGGGUGAAGGAUAAAAAUAGUUACAAUUCUUACGAUAUUCAAGGAUCUUUCAAAAAAUUAGAUAUAGAUUAACUUAUUGUAGAAUUAAACAUAAAUAUACCGCAUUAUUAAAUCGUA